AUGGCCGCCCUCCGCAUCUCCGCCACGUGCCCCAACAACAAGACGGCCUCCUUCGUCGCCCGCCUCUGCCCGGUGGUGCUGACGCUCCGGAGAGCUGGCUCCCGCUCCCAGCCCGCCGGUGCUGACGCUCCGGAGAGUGGCUCCCACUCCCAGCCCGCAGUGGUGCUGACGCUCCGGAGAGUGGCUCCCGCUCCCAGCCCGCCGGUGCUGACGCUCCGGAGAGUGACUCCCACUCCCAGCCCGGUGGUGCUGACGCUCCGGAGUGCCCCCGACGCCCCGGUGGUGCUGACGCUCCGGAGAGUGGCUCCCACUCCCAGCCCGCUGGUGCUGACGCUCCGGAGUGUGACUCCCACUCCCAGCCCGGUGGUGCUGACGCUCCGGAGAGUGGCUCCCACUCCCAGCCCGCUGGUGCUGACGCUCCGGAGUGUGACUCCCACUCCUAGCCCGCUGGUGCUGACGCUCCGGAGUGUGACUCCCACUCCCAGCCCAGUGGUGCUGACGCUCCGGAGAGUGGCUCCCGCUCCCAGCCCGCCGGUGCUGACGCUCCGGAGUGUGACUCCCACUCCCAGCCCGCUGGUGCUGACGCUCCGGAGUUCCCCCGACGGCCCGGUGGUGCUGACGCUCCGGAGUGCCCCCGACGCUCUUCAGCAGCGCUGCCGGCUGUGA